CCUGGCGCACGUAGAGUGAUGCUAAUUGCGGUCCUUCGUGAUCACCAGCGAGAUAACUUGCUUCAAAUCUCAUACAUGACAUCCUGUAUACUGAUAUACAAAUGGCUGUCUACAAGCAAAGAACUGUUAUGACUAUAUCGCUUUUCAUGUGCGUGACGACGCAUGUUACCAGCUUUUGAUGCCGACAUCAUCAUUGCCUAAGGAGACUGAAACGACGUUCCAAGAAAUCUCUACAACGAUUCUGACGACACAAAACACUUCACCGAGCUCCCCCGAGCAUCCCGUGACGCACUAUGCUAAUGUACACAACAUGACAAAUGUACAGACAUCUUCUUCCAGCCUGUUACAACCAACAGACACAGAUCCUGGUGUGUUCCACAGUACAGGGGAAACGACAGGUUCACUGGAGACCACCGAUACAGAGACCCCAGGCAUCUACACAGAGACUCCGAGUGAGCACACAGAUGAUUCACAAUACCAUACACAAGAUCCUAAUAUUUCUACAGAUAUCGACAGCUCGAAUACAACACAACAUCCGGGCCUCGACAAAACGAGCAUCAAGUAUAUUGCUCUGGGUGCAUCGUGGGGCUUUAUUGUUAUAGUGUUUGUUGUUGUGUCCGUCGUGGUGCGCCGUCAGCGGGCUGCCAAACGGAGAAUGGUCCUGGACAACGAUGACUCAGAGACUCUUGCCGCCGACUCUGCCAUGAUAAAUGCUGAAACAUUCGUCAAAGCUACAGCUUACAGAAGUACAGACAACAUUGCCAUGCAAAAUCACGCGUUUUCGGAAUAGGAACAAAAUGUGAACGACUCAUGCUUUUACGUGUACUUCAUUAAAUUACAAUUAUUUUAUUCUUUAA